UUCUCUCCUCUUCUUUCUCCCUUCCCUUCACAUUCUUCUUUCUCCUCCCAGGCGCGGCCCACCGAGUUGGUACAUCUAAAGGAUUUCUACAAAACCAAGGGAAAAGCAAAGCAUGCCGGAGCUCUACGCCUACAGAGUACUUGCAGAUGAUAACGCAGCUGCUCGCUUCGAAGAGCCGGCAAUUCCCUCGUGGUCUUCUUUGUCCUUCGGCAUCAUAUUACACAUUCGCAACAUCAUACACGAUGUCGACGAACACGGCGUAAGACGCAGUGUCUACGUAGACCCUCCUUUCGAACGGAUUCUGCAGUUUCAAUGCGUGCACCUGUGUCCCGGGCGUGAAGAUUUCUGCUACGAUAGAGCUUUCGGAGAGGCGUCGGAAAUCAUGACUUCCAUGCUGGAUGCGUGCACGGGGCACGUAGUGCCGCCGUCCACGCGGGAAGCCAUCGCGGCUGAUUUCGGCCGCCUCGCUUGUCAGAUGCUGUGCGACGGUCGCUAUGCGCGGUGCAGGCGGCUUCCAACGAUCGUGGAGAUCACCGUCUUCUCUGCCCGUCCGAUGAUCUCGCGCCUGUGGUCAACGCCACCUGAGCCUGCCUCGGCGUGGACGCUCAAGGCGUUGGAGCACUGUCGGCUGAUCCCUUCAGGAGCAUCGGAGGAGGAGGAGGAGACAUGCCCGAUCUGCCUUGCAGAGAUCCCUGCUCAGUCGCCCAUUACUCGCAUGCCUUGCUCCCAUUUUUUCCACGAGGAGUGCAUCGUUCGGUGGCUGCGCAUCAACCGCAUCUGCCCUCUCUGCCGCUCCGUCUUGCCCCGUUAAUGGCCAUUAGGAAGAAGCAUCUUAAUUAAUUAUUGUUUUCUCCAUUCUAUUCUUUCGGGUUCUGUGCGAUAGAGAGCAAGAAAUCGAUAUUUAUCCGAUCAAUUUUCAUCUCGAAAACACAGGCGAUAGAGAGCAAGGUAAGCAAGUAAUGGCCGACUGAGCAGGGAUCUCCGCAAGGCAGAUCGGGCACGUCUCCUCCUCCUCCGAAGCUCCUGAAGGGAUCAGCCGACAGCGCUCCAAUGCCUGGACCAUCGACGCAGAGGCGGGCUCAGGCGGCCUCGACAGCAGGCGCGAGAUCAUCGGUCGGGCAGAGAAGACGCCGAUCGCCAUGAUCGUCGGAAGCUGUCUGCACCGCGCAUAGCGACCGUCGCACAGCAUCUGACAAGCGAGGCGGCCGAAAUCA